AUGGGAGACUUCAACGAUGCCUUCAUGCGCAAUAGGGAUACUAACGUGCAGGCGCGGACCAAGGCGCAGAACAGAGCCACAGUCUUGCAGCUCAAGCUGGUAAGCGAGGAUAUUCUCUGUCAGCCCUCCCUUGUUACGGCAUCGGGGGAUAUCUCAUUUGAAAGUAUGAUCCACGCGCAGCACUUCAGAUCAUAGCCUCUUUUGCUUUCGGUUAUGAUUGAUUCGUUCGCUUAAGGCAUUCAUCUUCGUGUUAGAAUUGAGAAUUUCGUGAUUCGAUGCUUAGACCAACUUGAUUUGCUUCAUCUACGUUGUUAUAAAAGUUGUGCUCUUCGUGUACGAUUCAGAUAUUGACACAUUCUUUUUCAACAGAUAUUGUAUUAUCGAAUUUCGUCCUAUGUUUUGUUUUACGCCAUUUGUGUGAGACGUUGUUUGUAUUCCUCUGGUCUGCUUCUUCUUUCUGGAUUAAGAAGCCACACGGUCGCAAGGAUCUAGUUACAUGUAGUGAUCACGAAAUCCGUUCUCUUCUACUCAGAUUGGGCAGAGUCAUCCUACGGGUCUCACAGCAAACCUUCUGAAGCUAUUUGAGCCCCGUCCUCAGUUGGAUUAUAAGCCUCCACUCGAGAAAAGGAAAUGCCCUUCUUACACAGGUAAGGAAUUUGAGGAUUUGCUUCUGAAUUGUUGUAACACGAUGGGACUAAACUUAUGUGUCUACAGGUAUUGGACAAUUUGUAUCACAGUUUGCUGAGCCAGGGGAUUCUGAAUAUGCUCCGCCUGUCCAGAAAGGGGAAACAGCGGUAAGAUUUUCAGCAUCUAUAUUGGCGCCGGUUACAUUUCUAAUUUCCCUUGAGAAUUUAGUUCUGUGCCCGUUGGGAUUCGAUUUGGCUUUUCAUUCCUGCUUGUUGUUGGAGUCUGCCAUUGUAUGCCUUGAGCUCCGAAACGAUUUUUUCAAUUAUCGCAUUGAAAAUUAGAGAAAAUGUGGGAACAUGGGUGUUUCGUGCCUGAUAUGACCAAAGUAAGAAAGCGCAUCAUUCUGUGAUCCUGUAUGGUCUUUAGAUGAAACUAAUGGGUGCCAAUGUUUUGGAGGUUUGGGAUGUUAAAUGACGUUUGCGGUUCUUUAGUACGUGCUAUUACCAUGUCCCUGAAGGUGCUAACUUCCACGAAUCUUUUCCGUGGAUCGUUCCAAUUUUUUUGUUUGCUCUGAUUCUUCCCUUCAAUUCUAAUGGUAAAAUAUUGAAAUUAUUUUAGUGUAUUCGUCAGAAUAUAUUCCCCUGAGGCUUCUUGAACAUUCUAUUAUUCUUUAACAGUAAGUUUUGAUGAUUUAAUACUUGAAUUUUAUUUAUUGCUGGUUUCAUGGUGGCAAAUUAAUAUCCAUCGAUGGAUUUGGAUUAUCUAUUAUGAUUUAAUUUAGGAUUGUUAAUUAAUGAAACAAGAAACAUAUUUGUUGGCAGGUUGCAGCCAAUGUUAUUGCUCCAGUAAUGCUUACUUUUGAUAAUUUUGUGUUGCAUAAAAAUGCUGAUCUUACGGAGUUAGCUAUCUGAUUUGUUCUCAAUGUCUGUGCCUUGUUGUUCAUGCGCUUUUUUUCAUGAAAUAGGCGGAGAGGAGGGCUAGAAUCCAUGCACUUCGACUGGAGAAUGGCGCAGCAAAGGCUGCUGAAGAACUUCAGAAAUGUAACUAUGCAUUCUCCCAAAAAACAAAACUGAACGAAAUAUGUAUAUAACAUAGAUUUUAUUUUGCAAACGGUGAAUUAUUUUUUUGAUGUUUCGAUUUCGUUUCUACAGAUGACCCGUCCAAAGAUCCCAAUGUGACUGGAGAUCCAUACAAGACAUUAUUCGUGGCGAGACUGGUCAGUUUUUCCAGUCCUCUUUCAAUGUGUCUUUUCUUUCCUUUUCGCUGUUACAAAUUUAUGUUGUACUGGGGAUUCACUAUCUUUUCUUUCAACUUGCGCAGAACUAUGAGACAACUGAGCACAGGCUCAAAAGAGAGUUUGAGUCGUAUGGACCAAUUAAACGGGUAAGUGUUUCGUUAUGUAUUCACCGAGAGGUUAUUAUUGUUCUUGAAUUAGGUAAGCUUUUUAAUGUAAAAAAAUAUUUCCUAAUAAUGGAAAAAAAAUAAAAAAGGCCAACCGUACUUGUUUGGUUUUCUUUAGGCUUACUUUUUCUAGAUAUGCAAAUAAAACACAAAUCAUGGCUUAAAGCUGAUCCAUAGAAAUGGCCAAGAAAAAUAUGUUUCUAUUUGUAAUUAAAUGACGACAAGUAUAUAUAGGGUAUAAUUUAGUUUGUUGCAUUUUUUGGAAACCUUGAUUAUAACAAUAAGUUAUCGGUCGUAUUUACUUUCACUUGUUGCUGGUUUGUAAUGAUAUGAGAAUUCGACGUUAUUAGUAAAUCUACCAUAAAAUUUGUGACUAACCUUCUUUCUGUUGGAAUGCAAAUGGCCGAGGGGAAAUCGCUCCGUAGUAAUGUCAAUGAUUUGAUCUGUGAAUCUGAAAAUCACAUUAGCGGGAUUAAGUUAGUUAGACGAUCUCUUUACUGUUAUCUGUGAGUCAGUGUUGUUUUGAGCGUGGACGUGGAUAAAGUAUUGAUAAAAAAUAUACAUGCCUGGCAAUGCAGAUCUGCAAAAUAAGCACGAUAACACGAGGGUACACGCAAGUGCUUAUACAUACACUAAUGUGUUAUGCAUUUUGCACGCGUUAGCAACGAAUAAAUAAAUUAAACUUUGUUCCAAAAAUGAAGAAGUUCGCGGUUAAUGUUUAAAAGUAGUUCAAAUCAUUCACUUUUUUAGUCUCAAUCAUGUUUAAGGAGAUUGAUGCUGUUUGUAAUAUGAUAACAUGUAUACUGUUUUCAUAAACUUUAGAUCAAAUGUUGGCUCACUACAGAGUUCUAAGCAUGUUAUGCUUGAAAAACCUAAUAAGAGGUUUUGCUACACUCUGGCGCCACAAGGAGCAAGUGUCAACAUAACUAAUUAAAAAUGGCCGAAACACGAAAAUUUAAGCCACAAAGCGCUAACUUUGUUUCGGAUUCUUGUGAACUUGGUCAUUUUCUAUUUGGGUUCACGUAAAAGACAACAGAUUCUCAUGGUGUGAUAACUUGCUCUGUGCUUGCCCCUAGAGGUGAAACCAACGUCUGUGUGCACCUUGCCCCAUGAUCUUUUUCAUCAGAUUAGGGAGUAUGGGUUGGGAAGAGGAUAGAGAAUGCUUCGAAUUACCCUUCUUUUGAGGAUCUCUCCCACAAGUUUGUUUUUUUUUUUUUUCUUUUUUGCGAUUUCAGGACGGGCCCAUUCCCUUUCCAAAACUUUCCUAGUUCCUCACUUUUUUUUUUCCCCCUUGCCCCAACAUCCAUUAUUAGGCAUUGUGAAUGGUAUUUCUGAGUAAAUACGAGUAGGAAACGGCAACAGGUAUACUUAUGCACAUUCACCGGUUCACUUGUUUCCUCCGUGUUUCAUCAACUUGUCUUGUUCUCGAGGGCAUCUAAUUUCUUUGAGACGCACACAAAACACACUCAAUACAACCACUACUCUUGUUCUGUAUUCGGCAUUGGAAGUUGGAACAACUUUCCAGGUAAGAGGAUUGCUAAAUACAAGUGGGGAGUGAUCAGGUAUUUUCCUUUUCGGCAAAAUUUGGCAGCGUCUUUGUUGCUUUCCCUUCUUUGAGCUGUCGCUACCUUUCCAUGGAUGGCCUUGAUAGUCAUCUAGAGAUCCAGAAGGCACCCUAAAUGCCAUUUGGUGCAUAGCCUCCGGUAAGCUGGCAUUCCUGUUCUCCGUCUCUUGUGGUUCUUGGAAGGUUGUGCACCGGUGAGGGUAAUGUCCAGGUAUAUAUAUAUAUAUUAAUACAUAUUGGCCGCAGGUUUGUGCUCCUGUUUUUAAUAAAGAGUCCUUAUAAAUCGUCCUGCCAUGAGCUCUGUAGAGUGUGAUCUAAUCUCUUCCAGAUAAGAAAUGAAACGAAAGCAUACGACUUUGAUGAAUUUCCUGGUGGGCCACUCCCUGAGUUGACUUUUGAAUAUAUUACGUUCAUGUUCGUACUAAUACUUUUGAUCUAGAUCCGGAAGAUUUGCUGGUAUUUUCACCUUUUCUCCUGCUCUGGUCCUCGUAAAUAUGCUUUUAAGAAAGAUUGCCCGGUAAGAGGAUGGAGAGGAAGGUAUAUCAGAUCUGGAUUUAAUUAAUUCCUCUUUUAAAGAGUUCUGGUUCCCUGGUAAGGGGAUGUGAUGGUCAUCCAUACCAUAUCUGGUUCCAUCUCCAAUGGUGGUGAUCCAUCCCGCGUGGGGCGAAGCUCUACACCUUGGAAGGUGAGCACGGCCUCUCUGCCGUGCCGAUCUAGGGUUUACUUCCUUGAAUGGCCUCCCGCCAAAAAUCCCCCCAUUCUUCGAGAUUAUUGAUAUUAUUUCUUCCCUGAGGCUCAUUUUCUCCCCCUCUCUCUCCCUCUCUAUGUGCUUCUUUAUACAGCUAUUUUUGGUUUAUUUUCCUAUAAUUUGGGUAUUUUCAGGUCCGGCUGAUUACCGACAGAGAGACUAACAAGCCCAGAGGCUAUGCCUUUAUCGAGUACAUGCACACCCGGGACAUGAAGAGUAUGCUUUCUCUCUCUACAGAUCUCGCCCUUUUUCUUCAGUCGUGUCUCAUUAAUGGCGAGAAUCCCAUUGAUCCCCACGCUGUGUGCAGAUGCUUAUAAGCAGGCCGAUGGGAGAAAGAUCGACAGCAAGAGGGUACUCGUCGACGUUGAACGAGGCCGGACGGUUGCCAAUUGGAGGCCUCGAAGGCUCGGCGGCGGCCUCGGGUCAACCCGGGUCGGAGGGGAGGAAGUCAACCUCAAGGGUUCCGGCCGGUGAGAUUUUCUGUUCUUGAAAUCGGUCAAACGCUCGAUCAGAUGCUGGAUCGAUCGUGUUUCCUUAAAUCGGUUGUCUUUUUCUUGCUCCUCAGAGACCCUCAGCAGGCGGCGUCUGGUCAACGACCCGAGGAGCCCAGGGCCCGCGAGGAUCGUCACGUGGAUCGGUCGGUGCCCUUCUCUCUCUCUCUCUCUCUCUCAUCGUCGUCUCCAUCGAUAGAUUUUUCCUUCUUGUUGCAGGGAAAGAGAGAAGUCCCGGGAGAGGGGGAGGGAGAGAGACAGGGAGAGGGAAAAGUCCCACGAACGGUCCCGCGACCGGGAAGUGAGAGACGACCGCCACCACCACCACCGCGACCGGGAUCGCGACCGCGACCGUAACAGAGACAGAGACAGAGACAGGGAGAGGGAGAGGCGCGAUCGCGGUGGCGGCGGAGGACGAGAGCGCGGCGGCGGCGGCGGCGGCGGCGGAGACCGUAACAGGGAGAGAGACCGGGAGAGGGAGAGAGACUACGACCGCAGCCACAGCCGAGGAAGAGACGCCGGUGAGAAGGAGGCGCCACCGGACUACGACCCCGAGCAGGGCCGCGACUGGUACGGCGGCCGCGGCUCCAGCGGCGGCCACUACGGCGGCUACUACGACAACGCGCCGCCGCCGUCAUACGAGCAGGCGGAUCGCAAGGACCACCAUCGCGGGUACGAGCAGGGCGAGCACGACGACUACCGGGGCGCCACCGCCUCCCGUGAGAAGGAGAGGGCGGAGAGGUCCCACUCGGGUGAGUACGAGUACUGA